CGCUCGAAUGAUAUCAUCGGAAUAGAGAAUAUAUGUAUAUAUACACACAAUAACAGCGUAGUUUGAUAAGCUAUCUCUAUAUCAGGCAGAGAGAUAUAUGCGUAUAUAUAGCGUAUGGGAGCAAGUGACAUCGGAUUUCGAUGUGUAUAAAGCUAUAGUCCGAUAUAGAGACAGAGCUAAAGCAAAAUGUUAAUAAGCGUCGUGGCUCACAGAGCCAACAGCAUGACUGAGGAGACAGCAAAUGGCAGCACUUCGGCGCCCGUUGAGGAGCUCGGCCAGCUGGCUCUGGAGGAGACCGCACCGAAGGUCACUUUUUCGGAUCAGUUCAAGGCAUUCUCGAAGUUCGGCGAUACCAAAUCCGAUGGCCGGCAGAUAACGCUCUCGCAGAGCGACAAAUGGAUGAAGCAGGCGAAGGUGUUCGACAAGCAGAUCACAACCACCGAUACCGGCAUACACUUUAAGAAAUUCAAGGCCAUGAAAAUAACGCUGCCGGACUACAACAAAUUCCUCGAGGAUCUGGCCAAGACGAAAAAAGUGGAAUUGGCGCAGAUCAAACAGAAAAUGGCCAGCUGUGGAGCACCAGGUGUGCUGCAGGUGUCCGCUGGCAAGGCAGCAGCAGCUGUGGAUCGCUUGACAGAUCCCAGCAAGUAUACGGGCUCUCACAAGGAGCGCUUCGAUGCCACCGGCAAGGGCAAGGGCAUUGCUGGACGUCGCAAUCUGGUCGAUGACUCUGGCUAUGUCAGCGGCUAUCAACACAAGGACACCUACGAUGGCGCCCAUUAAUUAAUCCCACAAGCUUAUCCACUUCUUCUCAUUCACUCACACCGUAAACUGAUCUUUUGUCUAAUUUAUUUUUGUGUUUCUACUGAUGGCACCUGAGUUCUCUCUUUAUCCUUUCUCUAAAA